AUGGAGCUGGUUGGCUCUCCCUUAACUGCAACGUAUGCCCAUCCAAGAUCAACACCUAACAAGUUUCUGCCUGCCAUAAGCACCAUGGCUUCAAGCUAUAAGAACCGUUUUCCUUACUACCCUUUGCCUCAGACAUUCAGCCUCCCCUGGAUGCCCAGAAGCUACUACAAAACAGCUGCCAUCAACCCAACUUUGGCUCCCUUUACCAAGGGGGUAACCCCCGGCAAGACGCUGCCUUUUGUUUGCAACAGGAAAGACCUCUUCACCCGCUACACCCCCGAGGACUGGUACCAGUCCAACAUGAUCAAUUACAAAGAGUCGGAGAAUUCGCGUCAAAAAUCAGAGCUCCUGAGAGAUGAUACCUGCCGCAUGAUUCAGGAUAAACAUCAGCAGACAAUAAAAACCCAGGGAGAGAGCACAAAAAACCUGGGAGUACGUGUCAAUGAUAUAGGAUUCUGGAAGUCCGAGCUCUGCCAUGAGCUGGAUGAGAUGAUCAAGGAGACCAGGGCCCUCACAGAUGUGAAGAAACGACUGGAGAGAGCCUUGACUGAGACAGAGGCCCCUCUCCAGGUUGCUCGGGAGUGCUUGCUACACCGGGAGAAGAGGAUGGGCAUUGACCUUGUCCAUGAUGAGGUGGAGAAACAGCUCUUCAGAGAAGUCGACAUCAUCAAGUCCUGCCAGGAGAGGAUGAAGCAGCACCUGGAUAAGGCGAAAGCCCAGCUCAUGUCCAACAGGGGGGCCCAGCACGACCUGGAGAGGGACCUGGCCAACAAGCAGACGGCCCACCGCAUUGAUGACAAGUGCCAUCACCUGAGGAACACCUCCGAUGGGAUCAGCUACUACCGAGGGGUGGAGAUGGUUGAUGCCACGAUCACGGUGCCAGAGACAUGGGCCAAGUUCACAGACACCAACAUCUUCCGCUCCCAGAAUGAUCGGGCAGCCUCUGCCAAGGUGCGGGACAACAUCGAGACCCUGCUGGCAGCGACAGCUGAAGAGAUGUGGAGCCAGUUCAACACAGUCAACUUCACCUUCACCAACCGCAUCGCUGAGACAGCCGAUGCCAAGAGCAAGAUUCAGAUUCACCUGGCCAAGACUCUGAAGGAAAUCUUUCAGCUUGAGAUGAACAUAGCAGCCAUCCGCAAAGCCAUUCGGGACAAAGGAGCUCCGUUAAAAGUGGCUCAGACCCGGCUGGAUGAGCGCACACGGAGACCAAACAUGGAGCUGUGCCGGGACCCUCCCCAGCUCCGCCUUGUCAAGGAGGUCUAUGAACUUGAUGAGACAAUUCAGAGCCUUCAACAGCGGCUGAGAGAUGCCGAGGACACGCUGCAAACACUGGUUCGUGUCAAGUCCGUCCUGGAGCAUGACCUGGCUGUCAAAGCCAAUUCCCUCUUCAUUGACCAGGAGAAGUGCAUGGGGAUGCGCAAGACCUUUCCCAUCACUCCACGGCUGAUGGGUUACGCUUAG